UAAUACUAUAAUGGCAGCCCAGAAAGUGGAAGAGAAUUACAAAUCUAUAGACCAGCUGUAUGCAGGUAAAUCGGUAUUCGUCACUGGGGGAACAGGAUUCUUGGGGAAGGUAUUUCUAGAGAAGUUAUUAUAUAGUUGCCCAAACAUUGACAAAAUAUAUGUUCUUAUGCGAGAGAAAAACAAAUGGGAUUCGGCAGAACGGAUUAAACAGAUGCUGGAUUAUCCGAUGUUCCAAAGACUAAAGCGGGAAAGGCCUCAAGAUCUAAAGAAAAUUAUAGCUAUACCUGGAAAUGUAACUCUACCAAAUCUUGGUAUAAGUGAAGAACAUAAAAAAGUAUUGAUAAAGAAGGUAUCCCACGUGUUUCAUUUCGCAGCUAACAUAAAGUUCAAUGAACCUUUGCGAGUUGCUGUUAACGAUAACGUGGAAGGAACUAGAAGAGUUUUAAAUUUGUGUCAUCAUAUGAACAAUAUUGAGGUGUUCGUGUAUGUAUCGACCGCUUUCUCCAAUACCGAUCAAACAGUUCUUGAAGAAUUCGUUUACCCACCACCUGCGUCCGUUGAAGAAGUGAAAAGAUUAAUUGAACAAGACGAUCUUAAUGAGGAACAAUCAAAGAAAUUAUUAUGUGGCAGACCUAACACAUAUACAUUUACUAAGGCACUUGCAGAAUCUGUCGUAAACGAAGAACACGGCGACAUACCGACUAUUAUCGUCAGACCAUCCAUUGUUUCUGCAAGUGUAAACGAACCAUUAAUGGGAUGGGUGGACAAUUGGUUUGGCGCGACAGCUCUUAUGACCACUAUUGCUAAAGGUCUUAACCGAAUAUUGAUCAGCAAGAGCAGUAAUGUUAUUGAUCUAAUCCCAGUUGACUACGUAUCGAACUUGACUGUUGCUGCGGGAGCGAAAUCUAACAAAUCGAAGGAAGUGAUAGUGUAUAACUGUUGCACUAGCGCUGCGAAUCCUUUAACAAUGGGUGAACUCUCCACACUUAUCACUGAAGAUAGCGUCAAGAAUAAUUUCAGUGAAAUAAUGAAACCAUCAUUAAUGUUUACUCAGUUCGAGUGGUUGUUGAAGAUAAUAACAUUGUUCAUGCAGACCAUACCUGCUUUUGUCGCCGAUUGCUGGUUACGAUUAGCAGGAAAAGCACCAAGAUUUAUGAAGAUGCAGAAGAGAAUAUCAUUGGUUCGUGAUACUCUACAAUACUUCACUUCACGAUCUUGGGAAAUGAAAUGUGAUCGUACUAGAGAACUUUUCGCAUCUCUCUCGGUCACAGAUCGCUUGCAAUUUCCCUUCGAUCCCACGCUUAUCACAUGGUCUAAGUAUAUACCUAUAUACUUUAUGGGUAUCAGAAAAUUUAUGUACAAGCAAUAGUUAAUACCGAAUUAUAUUUUAAAUGCAAGAAUUUCGAAUAAUUUUAUUAUUAAUUAAUUUUAUUCAAUUAUCCAAACUUUCGUGAGACAUUAUACUAAACUGAUAUAAAAACGGCUAAACACUCACUAUAUUCGUCCGGUGGCGGAACCGACUAGUUUCGAGCCCAUCGGGGGCCCUUCAUCAGGAUGAGUGGGACUGGUAUUAUUUCGCGGACGCGGCCCGUCACUCACUGCGCGCCUGCGCUCUUAGGGCGCGUCUUGAGGGGGCGGGGGGCGCGGGAUGCGCCGGCGUCGUCCACGAUGUUGAUACCAAAGCGUCGGUGGUGUUGUUGUUAAAGUUUCAUCAGUUUAUAUCAGUUUAAGUAAUUUUAGUAAGCAUGAGAUAAAUAUGAUAAUAUAAAAUUAUUUAUAUGAGUAACAUAUACGUUG